AUGUCGUCCAAGGGCAGCUCCGCUGGCCGCGCCCGCAAGUGCGCCAAGGGCGCCGAGGAACCCCAGGAGCCCCCUCUGGACGCGCAGGCCCCCAGCAGGAAGCAGAAAUUCAGGGAAGGCGUUGACGUUGUGGAGAUGACUGGUAAGAAGUGCAAACCUUGCGGCAUCGGCGAGGAGGGCCCUGACCCGGUGGCGAAGGCCGUGCGUGGAGUCGAGGAGCCGAUGCCUUGGGGAUACCCACCGAUCGCGCUGAAGCAGGGCAGGAUCCUCGACGGCUUCUACAAGAAGACCAAGGGGUGGAGCUUCGGCACGCUCGUGAAAAAGCUGGGUAGUGAUCCGGACGAGCGCGACCACUUCGCAAGCUUGCGAGAGACCACCGUGCAGCGUCUGAUCGAUGGCGGCGGCGCGGCGAGGAUCGACUGGAAUCAGGAGAACGAAAAGCUGCUGCUCGUCAAGAAGAGGACGGCAGACGAGAUGGUCGAGCCGGAGGAUGCCUACUGGGACUACGACUACUACGUGCGGGUACACGGCGACCCGCACACCAACGGGAUGGGCCACCGUGUCGUCACGUCCGAAGGCGGCAAACGGAAAGAGGUCAUCGUCCCUGGGGAGCCCAUCCGGAAGAGGCGACGCGUGCAGUCCAACAUCAUUGACCUGGUGGAGACUCUGGACAGCAACAAGAACAUGCAGCUCGUUGACAACCAGCUGGAGAGAAAGAAGGCCGACCUUGACGCCAGCAUAUCUCCCCUGAAAGCGACUGGCGUGUUCAUGAAGUUCGGCAGUCUCCAACUCGGGUCUGGCUCUUCGUCGUCGGGGUCUGGGGGGGCGACGCUUGAGACGCCCACCAAGUCGAAGGGAGGUCGAGAUUUUCUUACUCCGAAAGGAAAGGCGCCCGUGGAGCCAGCCGAGCAGAUUCAGAUUGACAUUGGCGAUGAUGGCGCAGAGGACGUCAUGGGAUUCGGUUUCCAGCUUGAGAAAGUGCAGAAACUCGAAGAUGGGCCUGAGGAAUCAUCGGAUGAAGAGCCCGUUGGCCGCGGCCAGCGGCGGGCUGGGAACAAGAAGGCGGCUGCGCAGCCGCGCAGGGCCGCUGCCAAGGCCAAGCCCGCUGCCAAACCAAACGCAGCCCCUGGGUCAAGCAAGCCGCCGGGGGGGGGGGGCGGCCGUGGGAGGCCCGCCCUAGUGCUCAAGGAUGAGGUAGACAAGGUGGUCGAGAAGUUCUUGAACUCGCAACGCAGUGACGCCGACUUCUACGGGUGCGGACAGGAGUCGACCAAGUACUACAAGACCUUGAAGAAGAGGCAUGCGGACAUCAAGAAGGCCAUCGAUACCGCAGACUCCUUGGAGAACUUGCAACUGAAUCUCAGGUGGCGGCUCAUGGAAGAUCACUGCCCGAUCGCCCGCAACCUCCGGUUGGGCAAGAAGAUGGAUGCCGUCAUCGCUUUGGCGCAGUCCAUCAAGGAUAACGGGGAGGAGUCCGCUGCUUUCGCGGAGACCCACCAGAAGGUUUCGCACUACAACUCCCUCGACCCCGAUGUCGUGGUACAUCUGCCGCUCUUCGCUUCCAGGGGGAUGUUCAAGAGAAAGUGCCUGAAUAGCGAGGGGCGGGCGUUCUUGUGCAGCAUUGGGAUCGACAAGAUGAAGGCCGUCUUCGGCGAAGUCGAUGCCACCGUCGAGCCUGCUCAAGUAAGCUUUAUUUCUGACCGCCUGGUUUCGACGUGCAAGCAGAAUAACGCGAAGACUCUGCUCGCAGAACUGAUCCCUAAGGCUCUCCCUUCUGAAGUCGUCGACUACAACUCGAGCCUGUACCCGACGUGCUUGCAGCAGCUCUUGCACGUUCACGCCAUCGUGCACGACCUCGAGGCCGACCCCGACGAGGUGUUCGUUGCGGCGGAUGCGUGCGUGAACGAGAAGAUGCCGAUCUGCCACGCGCUGAAGAUGUACCCCACCGGCCGGCAGAUGAUCACAGACGCCAAGGAGAGGGCCAAGCGCCGCAAGAAGGCGACCGAGUGCGACGAGAAGGCUUCGGCGCAGCUGAAGGCGUUGGAGAGCGCGUUGGCGGCCGAGGACUUGGACAUCGACGCUGAGGCCACGCUGUUCAAGGAUUUGUCUCAGACGUAUGGCCAGUACGACUCCGUGCCCGAGGAGAGCGUCGAGAGCGCGAAGAAGUGCAUCGAGUUGGCUGCAUCCAGAUGCACUGCCCGUUGGCUGGAACUGGUUGAUGGCGUCGUAGACGGAUCCGAGAGCUACUCCGAUGUCUUCGAGUCCGCCGACGGGGCUGCGUUGAUGAAGUACAUCAAGGACAUCAAGGACGCCGACAACGGGGAGUUCAAGCAUGUGAUCUCGAAGUGCCAGGCCGAGUGCCCAACUUUACAGGUGAUGAUCGGUUUCUGCGCGUUGAUCAAGAAAGCUGGUGACUUCGAAGACUCAGAUGCAAAGCUUGAGCAUCGCGAAGCUGCUGCCUUGAGGGGGAUGCUGUGCGCCACGACAAAGAACUUGGAUGUGUUCAAGGAGAAGCAAGAUGAUCUUCGGACGUACAUGACUGAGACUUUCGAUCGUGAGCACGCGCUGGUGAAAGCCAUCGCCGAUACGGUCGACAAACAAGCCCGUGACCACGCCACGGUAAUACUGGGUUACAUCAAGAAGUACACUGACACGUACCCGGACUUGAAGUUCUACGACGUGGAGGCCGACAAGGAAGGGAAGGAUAUCAGCAAGUUCGUCGAGACGGCCCCGGAGAUGAACGACGAGGUGUCCACCGCUGCUUCAGCGCUGGUCAGGAUUGCUGCUGGGACCCACGACCUGGCGCUCAAGAAGGAAACGCAAUACUGCCACUACCUGGCCAAGUGCCUCCAUCCCGUCGCUAAGCUUGCCACUGCCAUGGCUGCCCCGCUGACCAUGAGCCAGGCGUUCUGCGACGUCGUUGGCAAGGCGGUGGACGCGCUCGCCGACUUCAAGAUCUUCGUGGGUACUCUCACGGAGGCCGAUGAGGGUACGCUUUUCAAGACGACGGGCGACCAGGGUCACAUGUGCCACGUGUUCGACGGUGAGUUCCAGGUACCGAAGUCGCACAUGGCCUUCGGCGAGAUGGCGGACAACAUGACGAAGCAGAUUUCCGACGGGUGGUGCACGAAAUGGACGAAUGCCAAGGCCGAGUUGAUCAAGCACCUCCCUGACGGGUACGCUGCUGCCAAGGAUGUUGUGCUCGAGCACCGAGCGCUCAUGACGGCCAUGCUGAAGAACCCCGCCUACGAGGAGCUGGCGAAUGCGUCCGGUGCCGCCUUGAGCGAGGUCAAGGCCAUCAAGGCCUUGCAGAAACAGCGGGUGAAGUUCAUCGCCCCGGAGCUCUUCGAGGAGCUGUCGAGCCAAGGCCUGCUCGGGGCCAGCUGCGUGACCACCACCUACGUGAUCUUCAAGAUGGGCUCGGAGUUGGCGAAGUUCACGAACGUGCGGACCAGGAAGAUCGCGGCCCAGAGGCUCAAGGCCGAGCUGGUGACGAAGACGCAGCUCGGCAACCUCGGCAAGGACACGGCGGCGCUCUUGGAGCAGCUGUGCACCGCCGAGUCCGACGUCGAGGAUGUCAGCGCGGCGUUGAAGCUGCUGGAGGCGCUCGCGGCGGAGGCCGAGUGA